AAGGGUGUCCUUUGUCACACAUGGCUUUUCCAUUUUGGCUUUCAUUUUUGUUUAAAUAAUGACACUGUGCAAUAUGUCACGUGUUUAUUUUCCAAAUUUUAAGACCUGCCAAGGACCAGGAUAUAUAUAUAUAUAUAUAUAUAAAAUCACACUUAAUGUGAAACACUGGAGAUCAAUCAGUUAAUGAACUUUCUUUAGGGUUAAAUGUACAAAUCAGGCUGUUGUCACACUGUCGUCUUUUCUUAUUUCAGGUCGCCUCUUGAACAAUGAUGAUGACACAUUGACAGAUGAAGCUAGAAGCUCCACAGCAUCCAAUGAAAAGCUGAGAUUUAUGGUGCUUGGAGGUGAUGAUGAGCUUAUGGAUAAAGCAUGUGCCACAAUCCUGGGAGAAAGAGAGAACACGGAUGCAUUUAAAUUUGGAGAAUGGAAGCCUAGGGAGGCUCAAGUUUGUGGACGACAAGUUUCUGUAUUAAAAACUCCAUGUGGAUGGCUGGAACACUUGAAAUCAUACUUCUUUUUCAGCAAAAGAGUCAAAUCUCUGAAAAAUGAACUGCAGUACUUUGAAUCACUGUUGUUUCCAGGGCCUCAUGCCUUUCUGUUAGUACACAAAGAUGUGAAAAACUCUGGUAGAGAGAAUUACCUUUUACAUGCUCUCAGUGAUGUGUUCAGGGAGGAGGUCUUGGACUAUUGCAUGGUAUUAUUUAUAAAUGAGGCUAAGCACAAUAAUCCAAAAAAGAACUACUGUUUGAAAAUGUGUGGAGGCAGAUACCACAUUUUACAGAACACUGAUGAAAGUGUUCAUCAGUUAUUUAAAAAAACAGAGGCAAUGGCACAGUGGAAAAACAGUGAUUUUUUUACAGAUCAUUUGGAGUGUUUCAGAAGAGCUGAAAAUUAUUUUGAAACUGAGUAUGAGGCAAAGAUGAAUGCUAUGAAAGACAGAGAGAAUCAGCUAUGCAAUGAGUUGGAUGCCCUCGAAAGCAGAGAAAAACAGACAAAGGAGGACUUCCAGAAGCUAAACAAAAAGCUGAUCAUUUACAAAGACAGAGAGAAAUACUUAAAAGAUGGCAAAGACAAACUUCAAACAGACAAAGAAAAACUUCAGAGAGAAGUGGAACAGCUCAAGGACCAGGUAAAGCAACUACAAAGUAAUCUGACUGAAGCAAAAGUUACAAAACAGUAUAAUGUGAUCCAGAGAGAGGAAGAAGUACAAGUCAAAGAAAAUGAGCUGCAUGAGAAACAGAGAAAACUGGAUAGAAGAGUCAAGGAAUUGGAUGACAGACAGAGAAUUCUGGAUGAACGAGAGAAGCAGUUGGAGAUCAGAGAGAGAAAAGUGAGACAGAGGGAUCCUGGAUCUAGCGAACAUCAUCAGAGCACAGCAGAAGAUCCCUCCGUGGCAGAAGACAAAAACAGACCUCUAGAUGAAUGUGAAGGAGAACUAAAAAGCAGAGAACAUUCUCAAGCCGGUGAAUCACAUGGGAUCCACAAACCUAUAAGACGAAACAGCAAAGAAUUAGAGCCACCUAACAUGUCUGAAAGUAGACCACUGCAUACACUUUGAAUGAAAUGUGAUUGUCCUCAGUGAGUGGAAGUUCAUCUGUCACACUCUAAAAAGGACAAAAACACCAUGAAGUAUUAUAAAUAUAGUCAAUACAAAUUUUGCAAGUCUACUGAUGCCAUGUGAAACUUUGUGUGAAGAGCAGACUGAAAUAUACAGCAUGUCAAAUGAGAUUUGUUAAAAGGAACAGCUGAACCUCAUUUUGUUCAUAUUCUAUUUCUGGUGAACAAAAUUGUUGAAAUUUAUCUCCCACACUCAAGCCUCACUUGUCACGCACGUCUGAAUGUCAUUGCACUAGAUACAAAAUAUUAAACAAAUGCUGCAGAUGUUUUUCUCAGAACUAAAACUUUUCUGAAUUGCCUGUGUCAAGGUCAGUUUUCUGUACUAAUACUCAUACAGUGUAUGAAGUUUAUUUAUACAGUAUUUAUACAGUUUUGUUGCUGUCUUAUAUUAUGUUUGAGACCAACAAUGUUUUUUUCAUACAGUUUCUUUAUUUUUCAUGUAUGUAAAGCAAUAUUUCUGUGAAAUAAAUAGUUGACACAACAUUGUACUUGAACAUUAUAUUAUUGGAUUGCAGCCUGGAAUAAAUAGUUCAUUUGGACCAGUUAAUUCUGAUUUCCACCCAAUGUCAUGUCUAUCUGGGACUUAAAUGCUAAUGAACUGUAUAUAAAAGAACAAGUCAGUGUUGUGUUGGCAUUACAAAGAGACAGUGUUUAAGCAAAUAGAUAUUUAAAUUCUAUUGAAAAUUAUUCUUAAAAAUGCUUUAAAUUGUUUAAUUGUUUUUCAUGAGUUGAUUCUUAAACUAAUCUGAAUGUUUGUAGAGGUUACUCUAAUUUUGCAAAAGUUUU